UUUUUUGAUUUAUAAAAAAAAGGCCGAGAGAAAAAAAAAUGUUUAAUAAAAUUUUUCUUUUAUUUUUAAUAAUUCAUGAUUGUUAAUGAUAUUUUAAUGACCCCGUCGGCACUUAACUCCCUUCAGACGGGACGUUUAUAGUUAUGAAAUGAAGUUAUAAUACACAACUUUAUUAUAUACAUAUAUAAUUGCGGGUGAUGUUAGUGUCCCGGUCACAGCGCAGCCACCAAACCACUAUAUCUACCUUUCGCGAAUCUAUGUCACGCCGGGUAUUGGGGAUGCAACCCCGCACACGCAUUCCGGCGACCAGUGCACUUCCACCCUCAUGAGGGUUCACUGCCUGCAAAAUUGUUCACUUUUCAAUUUAUCGCUGUCUGCUUUUAAAAAAAAAAAUUUUUUUUGAAGCCAAUCGAGAGUCCUUGCAAUAAAUAAACGCCAGGAUGUUGUAUAUCUGCCAAUUUUCAACAAGACAAUAAUUAAAAAAAAAACUUCAUGCAGAUUUCUAAUUCAGUUUUUUUUUAAUUUUUGGGACCAAGAAAAUUCCAUCCAGUCGCAACGAUUUUAAUAAAUAAUAAUAAUAAUAAUAAGAAAAAAUGUUCAAUUUGUAUCAAAAUUUUGGUAAACAUAAAGAUGAUUAUGAAUAUCAUAGAGAAACUGAAGUCACUGGUCAUGAUAGAUUUUGUCAAGAGAGACCGGGAACAAGAAAAAAACGAAGAAAUGUCGGACGAAGAACACAAAGUGCAAUUGAAUUGGAUUCGGGAGCAAUGUUAACUGCCAGAAAUGUUUUACAACGUGGACGAAGUGCAAGUAUUGAGGAAGAUGAUAGUGAGGAUGAAAAAAAUUAUCCACUCACCAAUAAAAUUGAUAGUCUUGCGAAAAUUUUAUUUAAUCGCGUUUCACCUGCCCGUGGAUGUCGAGAAAAUGAAGUCAGAAACGGAAAACAUCAAUACACUGCCUUGGGUAAUGGACCUUCCGGUUGUGAUGACGUUGGAGAAUAUGUGGAAAUGGAAAAACGAUCCAGAGAUCGUGCCCUAUCGAUUUGCACCACUUACAUUCAUGGAACAUCUCGCUAUCUUUUAUUAAAACAGCUCAACAAUAUUGGCUCUCGAAUGGACAAACAUUGGUUUAUCGUGAGGGAUACUUCAUUGAAAACAGAUCGAAUUUUGACACUGACACCGUUGAAUAAAAAUUGUCCUCUAGAAAUAACACCAUCGACUAAGGAUAUUCUUAAUCAUCUUUUUCUUGUUCUUCAACAUCCCUAUAUCUCACCAAUAUUGGAUCUUGAAUUCAUUGAAUACGAAGGGAUGAAUUAUGCAAUUCUUUUACAGCCAAUUAAUCAAGGAAGCCUCAAGGAUCUAAUUUACGGAAUUGAGAGAAAUUGUUGGAACGAGGAUUGGGGUCAAAAAUAUUCAGCUCGAGGCAAGGGUCUUCCUUUACCCCAAAUUCAACAAAUGGGUCGGCAAAUCCUCGAGGCACUUGUCUUUUUAAAAGAACGUGGAUUCCCAACGGUGACUCAUUUACAUUCUGGCAAUGUUGUUGUUCAAAAUGGAGUUGCGCGUCUUGCUGGCUUAGAAAAUACACUUCUUGGUUUUACAAGUCGUACACAUACAAUAAUCACUUCAAGAUUAGCGCAUUACAAUUCCAUGGAUACUAUUUGUUUUGGUCACAUGCUCUUUGAAAUGUGCACAGGAUACGAAUUAUGUUCAUUUAAACCCACGUCAGUUCAUUUCACGGAUCUUCAAAAAUAUCCACAAGUGAGUAGAUUUUUGAAACAUUUGUUUGAAGGACCUCGAUAUCCGAGUGUUGAGGAGCUUAUCGUUCACGAUCUUUUCAGAAAUAUCGACCUUCGUGAAUUGCGAAGUGCUCCAGUUACAAUAUUUCGUCCAACUCUCACACCAUCGAUUGUAAAUUUACUUGAUGGAAUUAAGAGAUCAAAUUCAAGCACACGCAGACAUAGGCAUAGAUCACGAUCGUCGAAUCAAGUUUUAAUAAUGCGCAGAUAUUGAAUUUCAUCACUCGAUAGUGACGAUAUGAUUUCCCUAAAAAGUCCAGAGACGGAUUCGUUGCUUGCUCAUAUUUACAACGAGCUUUCAAACACAACUAUUUAAAAAAAAGAAAAAAGCCAAAAAAAAACGGGAACAAUUUUCUUCUGCUUUUACUUCUUUUACCUCUACUACAUUAACUAAGUGCCAAAAUUAACAAAAAAAAGCGAACAUUUGUUAAAAAAAAACUCGAAACUGCGAUUCUAAAAUCACUUAAAAAAAAAUAUUUAUGAAUUUUGUCAACUUAGAAAAAAAAAAGAUUAUAAAAUAUUUACUCUAUUCGUAAGUUUAUAAACAUCCUUGAAAAAAAAAAAAAACAUUGUACGUUAAUCAAUAAAUCUACACUAUCUAUAUAAUUUUUAUUCUUUUGGUUUUUACUCAAGAAAAUUCAAAUAUUUAUGGAAAAAAAAACAUUUUAUUCGGACGAUGUCGAAAAUUUUACAAAUUUCAUUCAAUGAUUUCUAUACCAGUGGCUUAUACAUCUACAGUAGAAAAAAAAAAAAAAAAAAAAAACAUUUAAAAAGACAUUUAUUUUUAUACUCGACAAUCACAAUUUUUAUUGGCUGUGGAUUAAAAAAAGAAAAUUCGUUUUCAUAAAAACUAGAAGAAAAAAAAUUUAGAGGCCGUUUUUUUUUUUUUUUUUUGUAAAUAAUUUA